UUCCAACGUAGUUACAGUAAAGUAUGGUGGGGAUCCGACGACAAUCAAUAUCCCACAAUAAGUGGUGCUACCAUGAAUCCGGCCAUACACCAAAUGCUUACCACUUCAAAUGGUAACAGCAACAGUCUAACAAGUGGCGGUUUAUAUUCGUAUUACAGUCAAUCCUCCACUGCUGCUGCUCAGCAACAGCCACAAAGAGCAAAGUCAACAGGAGGGAAGGCACAGCCACAGUAUCAACCAUUUGGUGGCAGUACUUAUCAUUCAUUGGAUUUGCAUCAGUACAAAGCAUAUGGAAAUUUAUCACGCAUCCAAGAAGUUGAAGAUGAAAACAAUUUAUCAAAACUCUCAUGGGAGAAACAUGAUAGUCCUGGCAGUUUAAGAUCACAGGAUUCUGGGUUUUCCGACAAUGAAGAAUAUCACAAUACCCGCAGCUUAAGUGGUCGUUCAUCGAAAACCUCAUCGCCAAGCAGUAAAUCGAUGGGUAGCAGCAUCAAAACUGAUAUGGGUUCCCCCUCAUCUACCCGUACAGUGGAGACACCACCCACAGUUGUAAGACGUCCAGUGCGUUCCGAUUACUAUACCUCUUUGGUAAAUGUUUCAAGACGUAUCUCAUUCCCCACCUCACCAUUGACCAACAAUAAGCAAGAACACAAUGCAGGAGACGACGAGGAGGAAGAAGAAGGUCCUUCUCUAAUGGAAAAACUGGACAGCAUGCAAUUAAUGAAUGAAUCACCCGUAACAACACAACCUUUAAAUGAUUCUUUAAACAGCAGUCAAAGCAGCAGUUGUGACAACACCACUCCCAUAAGAGGUAACAAUCCUCGCAUCAAGAAACGUCGUAAGGUACAACGUAAGGCCACGGCGCCGCUAACACCCACCCAAAGACGUUAUCACAAUUAUGAGGAUGAAGAGGAGGCAGCAGAAGAAAGUGAUUUAGAUGAAUCUCACAGAACAAUUCCAGAAUAUAACAAUGAAACCGUGUAUUUGGGUGGAGCACCUCCCACCUGCUCUACUCCUCCACCACCAUAUAAUAAUGAAACCGUUGUCUUGGGUGGUCCUAUGGAUGAUUCACAACAGCAUAGCCCCAACAACACCCUCACCUUUGAGAUGCAUGGUGUAUCACCAUUACGAUUGCAGGCAAGAUUUAACGGUCACACCAGCACACCCAAAAUACAAAAGGGUCCCUCGGCCGGUUGUACUUUACCUCCCAUGAUGGCUUGUCAUGAAUAUGACAAUACCCUAUUGAAUGGCCACAGUCCAGAUGUUCAAAACUGGCUCGAUGACUUGCGUAUGUCCUAUGACCACGAGGUUAUGUCUACCCUGCAAACAAAAUCCAUUGCCCAAGAAGCCGUUAAGAAUCUGCAAAUUACAACCAGUACUGUGGCAAAGUUUAUACGUCAAUUACAACAGAAGGCCCUUCGAAUGCAAACUUGUUUCGAGAAAACAGAACGUCUGCUAAGUGAGGAGGGUGUUACACCCCUGGAAGCCAUCAAUGGAGCCUUACAUUUGUUGGAUAACAUCAAUGAAUUCACUUACAUACUGGAACGCAGAGUUGUAUUCUUUGCCGAUUCCCGUGUCGAACGUAAACGCUAUGAGGAUUAUCUCGAUCAAAUACGCAUGGUCCACAAGGAUACCCGCUACUCUUUGGAGAAUCAUCACUACAUCAAUCUUGAAUCUUUACUCGAAGAUUUACAAGUUUUGAAACGUAUAUUGUUGAUUAGUGUACGCCAGGUUUAUGAGAAGUUGGUGAGGAAUCUGAUACAAAGCAUUGAGAAUGGUCGCUGCGAUUUAAUGCUGAAGGCUAAUUUGAAUAUGGUGGCCACAUUGAUGAACAUUGAUUAUGAUGGCUUUGCUUCGCUCGUCGAUGCCUUUGUACAAACUGAGGCGGUACGCACCUUGUUGGUGGUAUGUUUGGACAAUAAAUUGAGCUCGGUUCGCGCCCAAGCAUUGAGAGCCUUGGCUACAAUUUGUUGUGCUCCAGAACCUAUAUUCCAGCUGGGUCACUGUGGAGGCAUUGAAGUGAUCAGAGAUAUUUUACAAAUUGAGGGAGAAGGCAGCAGUAAAAAAGCCAAAGAAAAUGAGGUGAAGCGUAGCGAUUUGGAACGAAGAGAAGCUGUAUCGUUGUUGACACAAAUCACAGCUGCAUGGCAUGGGCCAGAACAUCGUGUAGAUGGCCUUAAGGAUUGUGUGGAGACGGUGGUUGAAGGCCUGACACGGCUGCUUGUCUUCACCGAAUGUCCCCAGACCUUGUUGUUGUGUGCAGCCGCAUUGAAUAAUUUGUCACGCAUGGAAAUUACAUCGCAUUAUUCAAUAAUGUCGCAUGAGACUAUUUAUAAACUCAUCGAAACCAUGGAGCGACGAGAUGAAGGCAUUACUGUAUUUCUUUAUGAACAAAUCGUUGCCAUGCUCUACAAUAUGUCAUUGAAUAAAAAAUGCCACAGCCAUUUGGCCAAUGCUAAUAUCGUGAAUUUCAUCACGUACGCAUACCAAACGGAAUUCUAUAAAAUCUACAGCACACGUGGCGAAAGCGAAGCCCAACAACGUUGUAUCAAAACGAUUUUGCAUACAUUGACACGUCUGGCCCAGGACUCGGUGUUGGGCAUGGAAUUGCUCACACAACAGAAUCAUAUGCCAACAGCCUUCUUCUUUAGUCUAAUGCCGAACACGGCAAGCAGCACAGGUUCGGAUAGUCAGCGGCGUUCACCAGAAUUUUAUCAACAGCAACAAAUGCUGCCGUUGGAUAUAAGUACAAGUCGGGAUAUUUCAUUUCUGGCCCGUCAGUUGUCUGAGCAUCAUCAUCAAUACCAAGGGUUCAAGGAAAACAAUGAACUGAGCAAGGACCAAGUAGGAAAUACAUUGAAAAUGCAACUACAACGUCAGGAAAGUUAUGUGUAA